CUCCUUCCUUGUAUCCUGAGCAAAAAACACAGUAGAGCGAUGACAUGAGAAUUCUCCUCCUCAUGAUCAUAGCCUCUGAAUUUAAAGAUCAAAUCCCUGCUUUAUUUUUGUUCCUGCGAUAUACUAGGUACCUGAACCCGAGUAAAGAAAGCCUUACCCCUUACGUACACUGUCUAUUGUGCAAUACUUCAUAAUUCCAUAAACCCAUCACAACACCCCCCCCCCAAAAAAAAAAAAACAAAGAAACAAAGAAAGCAGCAGAAAGAAGAGAAUCUUGGUGGAGUGUUGUGUAUUAAAAGUGAUGUAAAGGGCAAUCCGAGCUUACGUUAGUUCACAACUCCCCACAACGCUGCUCCAAGAUUUUGUUCUCUGCGCUUCCCGGUGUUCCCGUGAUCAUCGCCGGUGGGGCUCUAUUCUUAUAUAUCCUUCACCACCAUUACCACCCUAAUCCAUACACCUUCCUGGCCUCUAACUAAGAUCCUGAAAGAACACUCGGUCACGAUUAACCUUUCUCAGUUUUAGAAAAUUGAGCAUGAAAAACCAAAUGGGAAGUGCUGCCAAGCUUGUAUUGGCAUUGAGCAUAUGUGGUUUAACAGUAACAGUUGGACUGACAGCGAUGCCCGUGGAGCUGGGAUGCCUGGGAAUAAAGGGUGAUGUGACGGUGGAUGAAUGGGAGGUGAAAAGAGCUUCGGUGGAUUUCGGGAUGAUGAAGAGAGCGGAGCCGCUGGCGGUAUUGCACCCUGCUUCGGCGGAGGACGUGGCCACUGUGGUUCGAGAGGCGUACGAGCUGGGGAAGGGGUUGAGGGUGUCGGCGAGAGGGGAGGGUCACUCCACGAACGGCCAGGCUCAGGCGGGGAAGGGGGUGGUCAUAGAUAUGAGAUCGAAGUCGAGUGUGAGGGUUUGGGAGAAGGAGAAGUAUGUGGACGUGUGGGGCGGAGAGCUUUGGAUUAAAGUACUCAUGGAGACGUUGGAGUAUGGGCUCGCCCCAAAGUCCUGGACCGAUUACUUGUAUUUGACUGUGGGGGGAACCCUCUCCAACGCCGGCAUCAGCGGCCAGACCUUCCAUCAAGGCCCUCAAAUAGCCAACGUGCACCAGCUCGACGUUGUUACAGGAAAGGGCGAGUUGUUGACAUGCUCCGAGGAUGUUAACACGGAGUUGUUCCAUGCCGUUCUUGGCGGUCUUGGGCAGUUCGGAAUCAUCACUAGGGCCAGAAUUGCUCUUGAACCUGCCCCUCAUUGGGUGCGUUGGAUAAGGGUGCUGUACUCGGAUUUUUCAGUGUUCACGAAAGACCAAGAGUUUCUGAUCUCUCUGCAUGGGAAACCAGCCAGUGAGAGAUUUGACUACGUUGAGGGAUUUGUGAUAGUGGACGAAGGGCUUAUUAACAAUUGGAGAUCUUCCUUCUUUUCACCGAGCAACCCAGUCACUCUCAGUUCUCUGAAUGCUGAUGGGGGUGUUUUGUACUGCUUGGAGAUUACCAAAGGUUACGAUGAAGGCAAUGCACAUACUGUUGAUCAGGAAAUAGACGGUCUGUUGGAAAAGUUAGAUUUUAUAGAAACAUCAGUGUUCACAACAGACGUAACAUAUGUGGAUUUUCUGGACCGCGUACACAAGGCAGAGUUAAAGCUGAGGUCUAAGGGUUUGUGGGAGGUCCCUCAUCCAUGGCUCAACCUUUUCGUUCCCAAGUCAAGGAUAGCUGACUUCGACAAGGGCGUGUUCAGGGGCAUUCUUGGAAAUACCACAAGCGGCCCCAUCCUCAUCUACCCCAUGAACUCCCACAAGUGGGACCAGCGGAGCUCAGUGGUGACGCCAGAGGAGGAGGUGUUUUAUCUGGUGGCAUUUCUGAGAUCAGCUGUGGGUAGCGAGACGGUGGAGUACCUAAACAAAGAGAACCGUGAAAUUCUGAGAUUCUGCGAUGAUAAGGGCAUCAAUGUGAAACAGUACCUUCCACAUUACACAAAGCGACACGAGUGGAAGGACCACUUUGGGGACAAAUGGGACCAAUUUUAUCAAAGGAAGAUGCAAUUCGAUCCUGGCUUCAUCUUGGCCACAGGCCAGCGUAUUUUUGAGCCUUCCACUAGCAUCUCCAACUUUGUGCAGAAAAGUUAAAAGGCAAGAUUCAGUACAAGGAUAUGAGCGUGAUUAGAAAGUAGUGCCGUUGUUGAGGAGUUGCUAUCUGGGCAGAAGGUGGAUGCAGCUAGCUUGCAUUUUGUGCAUAUGACAUGUCGUUUUGCAGUGUCCGUGAUCCCGACCGCCCCUUCUGAUUCGCUCUCCCUGUGUCCCUACAAUGCAGCUCCUCGUGCUCUUGCUUCCAGUUCCUUUCACAAUUUUUCACUACCUGUACCCUUUCCUUUCUAAGUUUUUCCCUCUUCUUUCCUAUUUCAUACUCCUUGUACAUAGGAUUCCGCAUGAGCUAGUAUAAGGGGCACUUAAUGCUAGUCAAUAUUAACGCUAGUCCCUUUCUGCAA